CGAAAAACGAAAAGAAAAUUUGAAAAUGUCGUCUGAAAUAAAAGAAAAUGGAAACUCUCACAAAAUCCUCUAUACAACAUUAGAUGAGGCAAAAAAGCUUGGUAAAACCAGUCGGGACAUCUUCCAUGACUUCAACUCAGGUCGCCUUAUGCCACAAGCCGAUGUUAUUGGUGAAGGCGUAUACUACGACAUGUUCCAACAUUAUUUGAUGUUAGCCGAUUCGAGUCGGAUGCUUCACUAUAAAAGAGGAAUCUUUGAAAAAAAUAAAAUAAAAGGCAAAGUUGUUCUUGAUGCUGGAAGUGGCUUUGGAAUUUUGGCAUUGUGGUGCGCACAAGCUGGAGCGAAAAAAGUUUAUGCCGUCGAAAUUACUGAUAACUAUAAACACAUUAUUGAAGCUGCAAAGGCUAACGGUUUAUCAGAUAUUGUAGAAGUUAUUCAUGAUGAUGCACUUCUCGUUGAUUUACCCGAAAAAGUUGACGUCAUCGUUUCUGAACCUAUUGGAAUGAGUAUAAUCGCUGAAGGAAUGUUUACUUUCCUUUGUAGCGUUAGAGAUAAAUAUUUGAAACCAGAUGGAGAGAUCUUACCUUGUGGUGGUAAUUUAUAUAUUAGUGCCAUAAGUGAUCCAGACUUUGCAGGUAGAAUAGAAUCCUUCUUUCAAAACUUCAAAGCUAUGUAUGGCGUAAAGAUGAAUCAUCUUAUUCCAAGAGCUAGAGACAGCUUAUCCAGCAGAGCUUUCCAAAAAUCUAUAAGAAAACACUUCUUGAGGAGCGAACCAGCAAUGUUCAAGACAUUAGAUUUCAAAACUAUGAGUUUUGAGGAAGCAAAUUGUGUUUACGGAGACUAUGAUUUGGAAAUUGUCAGUGAUGGGCUCGUUCACGGAUUCAGUAUAUUUUUUGAUAUCCUGUUUCCCAAUGGCACUCUCUUAGACACUUCACCAUUGUCACAGCCAACGCAUUGGAAAUCGACUGUUUGCUAUUUCAAGGAACCAAAAAAUUUACAACAAGGACAAAAAAUUACAGGCACAGUAAAGCUACGUGUUGUUGAAAACAUUGAAUUCUUCAUAGAUGUAACUUUGGAAUAUCGCAUUGACGACGAACCACUCGAAACAAAUGAAUACUGUUUGGGUUUCGACAGAGGUCAACUCAUUAACCUUAUAAACUUCGACAUCGAUCCUAACUAAAUGAUAUUCUAAAAUUUCACAAUCUAUAUAGAUAUAUGUAUUUGUAGAGAUAUCUGUAUAUUUAAAGUAAUUCAAUAAAAAGUUUAUUUAAAUACAAA